GGCGCUGAGGGUCCCGCCCCUGCCCACGCCCCCCCCACCCGCGGGCCUGCGGGCCGGCGGGGGCCGAGCGGAGGGGCCGCUCGCGCUGUCUGCACCAAUCACCGCCCCGCAGUGCAGCGCCCGCCGCCCCGCGUACCGGGCCUGCGGAGGGGCGCUCGGAAAGGGGCAGCGCCUCCACCGAGGAGGGGCAGGAGGAGAAGCUGAGUCCCGCCGAGCCCUCCCGCCGGCCCCGUUCUCCCGGGGCCCCGUCCGCAGUCGGCCGGCCCCUCAGCCGCACCCGUGAAGCGCAGCAGAGCCCAUUCCCGGAGCUCCGCUCCCGGACAGCUGGGCCCUGCCGGCGCCUUGCUCCGUGCUCGGGGCGCUGCGGGCCCGUGGCACCUCAGCCUGGCAGGGCACGGCCCCUGCUGGCCUGUCAAGUGAACAAAGUUGCUGUGUGGAGGACAGGCUGUCUGCCGGCUUAUGGCCACCUUUUGCUCCUGAUGCAACUUUCACUGCACUAAACGGGACCGGAGUGAUGGAUGUUGAGAUGUCCUGUCCCCAGUGAGGUGUUAUAGCCUCUCCAUUCAACACCCCCAGGGGUGUUCAUCCCUUAAAGUGUCUGGUCUGCUCCUGGGCUUGUUGCAGCCUGAACUUGGCAAUAGACUGAGCGUGCGUUGUUAUUUGUGCUUCUCCAUUGGCUUCUCCCUCUCUCCCAGCUCAGGAUUAUGUUUCCCAUCCUCGCUGGCUUCACUGCGCCUGCUGCUGCUUGCUCAUUUUGGAGGUGGCAAAUCUUAGCACUGGCUGAUGACACGAGACACGGCUCUUUUGGAGCAUUUCCCUGCCUGCCUUCCCUCCUCCGUGGGAGAUCCCCCCGCGUGUCACAGAGCAACUGCAUUAUCCUCCUCCAAAUCCCUUUUCUGCUAUGACGUCUGCAGAACACUUGACUGAGAUUAGUCCGUCAUGUGGAGCCUCUUACCCCCCUGCUGACCUGUGCUUCCCCUUCUGCGGUGGCUUUUGGCUUGUGCCUAUUCUCUACGAGUUCUGGAACAUCGGACACAAAGCAGUUCCUUGUUCUCUCUGCUCAGGCGCUAACUUUUCCAUCACAGCUUUCCUUCCUGUGCACUGCCCUCUGUGAUAGUGUCUUUGACGCCUUCUGCAUUUUCCUAAAAAGGAUUUUUCACUGAAUCCUCCUUAGUAUUUUGAGAGGUAGCGAUGAAGCUAAAAAAUUCAUAGCUUCUCAGCACAGCAGCAAGUUCAGUGUGAGGGGCUGACACCUCAGCAUGAGAGUAUCGGAGUGCUCUGGGUGCAUCAUGAAGCCCUGCCUGGACUGCUCUUCAGUGCCUGUUGAUUUUUAUUUAAAGCAGUAGUGUUUUUGUCCUGGGCAGACAGCUCUGUAGUGCCCUGAGUGUGAUCCUGGGGUUCUCCCUCAAGGUCACUGUACACUCGUCCCAGUGAUGUGUGUUUCCUUCAUGCCACCCUGCUUGAAUUUCCUGCUUCCUCCUCACUUGGCAGUGAAUGCCCUUGGAUCAACACCAGUUUGCUGUGACAGCUAGUUGCAGACCGUUGUUCAAACAAGGAAGCAGCAAGGAGCAGUGUGGCCUUGUCACAGCGUUUUGGCGUCAGUGAAGCACAACUGAAAUAGCCUCUGGCGCUGCUGUCAUGUCUUCUGGAGGAUGGUGCCUCGUUGGCAAGAACUCAGAAUUGAUUUUUGAGCAGAAUCAAGAAGCUGGAAAAUAGACAGUGAUGCUGGGAUAGAUUUGAGGUGUCAAGGGUUGUUUCUCCAGUAAUUUGGACCUUUUUGAAGCCCCCGCUUGCCUAAUGCCAUGAAUAUUGCAGUGAAUGAUGUGGAAGAAAAAGCUGUCCAUUCCUGGUCAAGAAUUUCCUCUGCAGGACAGAAAGUGCUGGAGGAAGCCCUCCGAGUCUUCAACCCUAUGUCCAAGGACCUUUCGAGCACAGAGACCCAGCUGGUGGCCUUCAUUCAGGGCCUGAAGGAGGAGGGCUACCGGCCCACCAUUCUGAGAAGUAAGGAUGUGUACGGGUACAGCUCGUGCACGGCAGACACACCAAGCCCGACACAAGAGAGCACCCAGCACAACUGUGCCAGCACUGCUGAGCCCGCUAAGAGUCCAGCUAGAAACACGGCAGCCUUGGCAAAAGUGUCUGCUUCACCGACCAGCGUUUCAAUAAACACUUCAAAAGUCUCUGCUCAGCCCCUCUCUAAAGGGGAUUCCACAAAUCUCCUCUUGAGCUCCUUGAAGCAGACAAGAUCUAGCACAUCCAAAGCUACGGCAGUGGGCUUCCCUGCAGGUGUGUAUCCUGACGUGUAUCCAGCCAUGAGACUCUCGGUGGUUCUGGAAGCUGUGGUGCCGCUGAAAACUACUGUGUCCUGUUUGGAGUCCAAGUACACACAAGGGCAUCUUGGGAUCUCGCCCUCAGACCUCAAACUCCUCAAAGCUUCUAGUCCGCCGAGGCAGUUUUCUUCGGGCAAGACCACUAAAAUAACAGAAGUUAAGGGGUACAAGCGUUCGAUAAAGAAAGCACCAGAUUCUGCCACCCUCACUUUAAAUCUUCCGAAGGGACCAAAGGGUGGAGUGCUGCAGGAGAGCAAUGCUUGCAAAGCCUCCGGAGUCCUCAAUGGAAGAAUUACAGGCAGCUCGUCCCACGGCUGUACCACUGCACCUCAGUCCAAGACCUUGAAAAUCAAAGGUAAGGAACCUCAGGUGGGAAAAAUAGAGUGGAAGGACAGCAGCACUUUCCAGGGGAGUGUUAGGAAGAGGAAAAGAAGUGCUACAGAGGCCAGAGAAGCACCGCAGAGGAAGAAAGCAAAUACCAUUCCUGUGCGAAAUAAAUCUCGACGGGCUCAGAGCACUCUGAACCUGCUGAAAUUCCGGACCAUCAAGGUGGGCAACUCUUCCUCUGACGAUGAAGUGAGGAGGAGAGCACAGAAGAUUCUUAGGGUCAACCUGUCCCCUGUGAUCCGAAUUAAGCCCUUGUCCCACUCUCACAGCGUCCCCUGAGUUUCUUCACUUUGUCACUUUUUUUCAUAAGGAAAAAAUACGAGCCCAGCACCAGAGCAUGGAGAAGUUCAGGAGCGACUGUGGGUCUCUGGUGUCUGGUGAUGUUGUGCCAACGAACCUGCAGACGGAGCAGCUGGCUCUCGCGCUGUUUCUGCCUGUCUACCACUGCUAUGCAGAACUGACUGCAGAAAUACAAACCCCCCUCUUUGGGAACAUGGGAUGGUGACUCUUGCCUGCGGCAAGCCGAGCAGGCCAUGGCAGGGGUAGAACACAGGACUUUAUCAUGACAUUGAUGCACUGUGAUAUUGCUCUUUUUCAAGCUGUACAUUUACUGGUUUUAUUUUGAUCAGAUUUUAUAACUUUAUAUGUCUAUAUAUCCAUAUAUGUGCAUAUAGCCCAGAAACUGUGGGAAGAUGCACUUCUCCAUCCCUCUGGGAUUGGGUUUGAUAGCUUUUGUUCCUCCUCCCCUUCAGUCAGUCUUUUGUUGAGAGGUGCCAGGAUUUCUCUGUGAUUCAGUGUUGUGACAGUCUGUUCUGGGCUCUCUGGAGCAGCUCGGAGGCAGGCAGAGUUAGAGCCGCUCAUUUGUCUCUAGAAAUGCCAAGCAAUUUGGACAAUUACCAGCUGACAGUUUAUAGUUUUAAUCAUGUUUUCGGUAUUACCUCUGCAUAAGAGUUGGGGGGUGUUACAGGGCUGUUGCCUGCGAGUCUGCCUGACAUCUCUAGGUGCCUCCUCUGUUCAUUGGUAGCAGAAGCUCUGAGCUCAUGAUAGGAAUUUGCCUCCAAACAGUGAUUCCUCCUCAGAACGUGGUGUUGCUCCACUCUCCUGUACCCCAGGUGCAAAGGUAGAACAUGAACUGUGACUGUUAGAGCCAAAGAGCUGGAGUUGUUAAUAAGAAUUGCAGGAAGUGUCCCCACCAUAUCGUUGCUUUGCUGUUGCUGAGUGUUUCAGGAGCAGGUUCUAGGUGCUGGUAGAGAAGACACAGGCUGCGUUUGAAUGUAUUAGAUUCAUCUUGCUGGUCCCAGAGCUCGGGGGGAUGCUUGAGAGUGAAUUAAAGCAGAAAAGCAUAAGAGCUGAGAGGUUGUAUGCCAGCACUUAAAUGUAGAGAGUUUUUUUUCUGUCAGUGUGUGGUGAUGAAGUAGGAAGGGAGACAGGCACCGUGUUGGGAUGGGUGACGGCUUUGCUGUGCCAUGUGGGAUGUUGUGAGAAGGUGUGUGGCAGGUGUGAAAGCUCCCAGAACGCAGGCUCUGUCUGUCCCCAGGAGGCACUGCAGAACUGCAGAACCACCGCAGCUGGGCUGCGUUAGCCUUCCUGCAUCUGGGACACGCUGUGAGAGAUGAACACAGACUGCAUGCAUGGGUCUGCUCUCCACAGGAGAGGACUCACAAACUCCCGGAGAAACAUGUGUUGGAGUGGUCGGUGCUGCAGCUAUCACCUGGAAGGAGUGGCCUCUUGAUGAGAUGAUUGGUAUUGGGAUACUGCAAAAGCAGAAGCUGGUGGUUUGGGGAGAGGGAGCAGUGUCAGGCCAGGCAUGGGCACAGCUCUUUAUGCCACUGUACGUUCAGAUCUCUGCGGCAGCGGGACAGUAAUCCACUCGUUCUUUCACCAGCUCACAAUACCCCUUUCUGACCUAGUAAUCUCUGUGGACAUUGGCUGAAGAGAUGAGCUCCCUGGGGAGCCCCAGAUCUUUGUGUUUCAGCCCCUCCCUAGCACCUGGCUGGAUUCCAGCGCUUUGUAAAAGGGGUCAGUGUCUGAGAGCUCGGAGAGGAGAACUAUGGCGCGGAGAGGAGAGGGGAGGUUCACAAGGGAGUGAGACGAGGAUUCUCUCCCCUCACCCAGUUAGCCCAGUGCUGUGAGUGGAGUGGUGGUUCUCUCUUGAAGGAUUGUUGCAGGCUCUGAGUCAUAUUCUUGAGUUCUGUGUGGUUUUACUGUGCAUAUCUGAGCUGCUGUCAGAGAUUGUAACUUGCAGUGUUAGGGACUGACCUGUGAACGCCGCUGGUUGGCUGCAGAGGAGGAAGAGAUAUUUUCUUCUGCUCCUGUGUUUUAAAAUGCCCUGGCAGAGAGUUCCCUGCCCUGACGUGAUGCUGGAGGAACAGGGGCCCUCCAUCACUGUUAAGUGGCCAAAAAUUGCUUUGUCCCUUUUGUUCCCACUCCUUCAGUCCUUUCUCAUUCCCACGGUCUCAAGUGCCAGGUCUUGAAGUCUCGCACUGGAGUUUCUCUUUCUGGCUGUUUCCUGAGGAGGGCUCUGAACUCCUGCCUGCGGUAUCUCUGUCUGACGGGCUACUCAGCGGCUUCCCCUGUUCCCAGCCCCUUAUAAGGACACUGAGAGCUCUCUCUGGAGCCUCUUCAUGCAGCACAGACAUCUCAGCUGAGCGCCUGGCCUCUGGUGGGAAAAACAACCAUGCAUCAACAAGGCUAAACUCAGGCUGAGGUUGCUUUUCCUUCAGCCUGAGCAGGAAGCCAACCACCUGAGGCCAGCUUAUCAGGCCACAUCCCUCCUCUUUGCUGUGUUUCUUCCUCUAACUGCCCUGCUGCCUGCCUCCCCGCUCUUCAUCACCUUGUCUUUCACAGCAAGCAUCUUUGCCAGUCAGGGACUUGGCCUGUACUGUUCCAUAGCGCAUUCAGCAGAACAUGCUGCCUUAGCGCUGUGAUGCUUUGCUGGCACCGAGCUGAGUUCUGCAAAUGAUGGCGACUGCUCACUCAGUGGCCUUCCCAGGCCACCAGCAAGAGGUCCUCUGUGUUAGAUUUAUAGUUGGACUCGAUAAUCUUAAAGGUCUUUUCCAAGCUAAAUGAUUCCAUGAUUCUGAGAGGCAUGCAUUAGAAAUGCUUCUGUGUCACUGAGGCUCCUGCCAAGGAAGCAAGCACCCCAAAGCUCUGCUCGGGGACUUGCCCAUCAUCAGUCCAGUCUCUGUCAGCUCUUGUGCACGUUUCUAACAAAUCACAGGGCCCCUGAGCCUCUGGGCAGCACCGGAGCUCAAUUGUGUGUCCUCCUGAUGUCUCCUCUUUCCCGUCACGGGUGGUUUGGGAACUUGGCUGGAAGGAUUGCAACUUAUUAUUCACAGAGGGGCUGUAAAUGUGCCAAUGUCAGCAACUGCUGCCUGUCAUCCAGUGCUGGCAGACGCGGGGCCUGCAGCCUGUUGGUGGUUGGCUCUGCCGUCCUUCAUCUCGUGGCCGGGUGCGGGUGCUCCUGGCAUCCUGGGCCUUCAAUGCUGAUGUUCAGGAGGCUGCAGAAGGGACUGUGCUGUGGACGCUGCUGUCUAGUGUUUAGGGAAGAUGAAAGGUUUAGUCAAACCAGGCCUGCUUAAGACCUGAUUUAACCAGAGAUUUCCUCCAAAAGUCCCUUUCCACCCUGUUAUUCUGUGACAGCAGCAUGACACUUGCCUUCCAGACUACUGUGCAGCAUUAACUGGUGAGGUGCUCAGAAAUGCUUUGCCUGGAGUGCUGUGGUCUCUGCUGAGCGUGCUGUGUGCAGGUUGUUCAGACCUGUUUCUGUAUUAGUCACUUUGAAUUCAUCCAAGUGCCUAACCUGGCCUAUGCUCUUCCUGGGCAUCGUGACAGCCAAGAGCUUUAGAGACUCCCUUAGGAAUGCUUUUACCACAUGGAUUUGUGCCACUGUCACUUUGAGAAAUGAUUCAGCCCAUGGUCAAAGGGCUGUUCUUCUAACUGCGUUUGUGGAAAUAAUUUCUCCUUUUAUUCAGCUGCCAAGAAGUGAAGAGUUUAUGCUUCGCCUGCACCAGACAAGGUCCUUGAGCUUCCUGCAUGCUUCAGAUGUCCGUCAGUGAGAUCCGUGGGGAGAGCAGUUUGUCCAGCAGGCAGCUGAAGGGGAAGCUGACAUCAGAUACUGGUUGAAAUCACAUUGUUAAUUGCUAGAGAUGUUUCGAAGCUCAUGUCCACUGUGGUCAGAUUUUAACUUCUGUCACUGCUUUCAGUUGGAGAAGUUUCUCCUUGUCCUCUUCUCUGCAAGCCAUGUAGCACGGUACUGUUGCUUCACCACCAUUUGUGUCCCCCCAGAGCCAGCUGCUGUAGCAAUCCUUGUACAGAAUUUCUUAAGCACUUUUCUGCAACAUAAGAGAGCAUAAUUUUGUUAUUCCUGUUUUUUAGCCCACUGGUGGUAUUUCCAUGCGAGGAGGAAGUGUGCUUUGGAGCGUUGUGAGCACUGGCAUAGUCGGAUCCUGCUCAGACCAGGGCAUCUGCUGCCCAGCCUGCAGCACUCCUGCUCACAGGGCCAGGGGUGUGGACCACCAGGCCCCCCUCAUACACCAGCAGCACUUCUCCACUGAUGGAGCUGGUGCAAGUCCCCUGGAACCAGCUGCGGCAGGAGCUGGAGUUUGGGGAGUUGAGCACAGAAUUUGGGCCACUUCAGUUGUGGCUUGUGCCGUGUUCAAGAGAAGACCAUGGCAGAAGGUAGUCAUUCCAGCUGCUCUCCCCAUUGGGUCCAAGUUCCCUGCUCAGGCUGGGAGCUGGGCCUUUGGCCAUGGUACAAAGGAUGUGUGGGACUGGAGAGAAGGUUUGUCUCUCAGCUGCAGCUGGACAAUUUGAUGUGAGCUGGACAGCUUCCCAGGCAGGAGAGCAGGUUUCAGUGGGAGGACCCAUGUUUUGGCUGUGGUUGACGGGGUCCUUGGUGAGCCGUGUGGAGCACGUGCUGUUCAAGCAGGUUGGUUGGUUUGUGUGGAAGUGACAGUUUCUGUUUCAGUCUUCAAAAUGACAUCGGCCUGUUUGCUUCUGUGGUCAAACAGGGAUGGCUUUCCAUGAUCUGAGGUGGCCUGAGGAGAGGGGGGCUGUUUGGGGCACCUCGCACCUUCUUGAUGGUGCUGCAGCCCUUGGCUUUGCAGGGUGGCUGGGCUGGCAGCAUCUGUGGAGAGGGCAGCAGGACAGGUUGCUCCUAGGCCCUCCUGUUUGGGACUCUGUGCUAGGAAGCAGCACGCUUGAGUUUUCCUCUCCUCACAGCCUGUUCCUUUGUGGAGCUGGAUGCCAUUAGGAAGGUGCGAGGUGCCUCGCUGGCUGGUGGAGCAGAGACCUUGUCCCAGAAGGCAGGAGAGCCAGCCCUCGUUCCUAGGUCAGCCCUGAGUGUCUAAGUGAACCCUGUCUUUAGCCGUGAGACUGCUGGCACUUGCAGGUUGACCAGCUGCUGUCUCUGAAGCCAUAGUGCUGAGGCCAAGACCCCUCAGUUUGCUUAGGAAGAUCAAGGAGGUCUGGUGAAACAGUGAGGAACUAGGAUUAAGGGAAACCAGAGAUGCCAGCAGCACCUGGCUGGCCAGUUUCUACUGCAGGAGGAGAUAUGCAAACAGAGAACUGUCUGGCAUGCUGUAGCCCUGCCUCCACUCUGUCCCUGCCUGGCUGAGGGAGCCAGUCGUGCUGUGUCUGGCAGCACGAUGCAGGCACAGCUGCUGCUGGUUCUGGAGCACAGGCAAGGGGGUGCCCUCUUGGAGCAGGUGCCCCACCUGACCCUUGUUUUUUGUCCUUCAUCAUUCGCACAAAGUGACCCUGCUCUGGUGGCCAUGGGGAAAGCAAACUGCUCCCGGGCUGACAGAGCUCCCCACCCGUGUGUGCUAAGUUGUACCCUGGAUGCCCUCACAGGGCAGGUAGCACUUUCUCCAAUUAGCAUCUGAAAUACCUUCCCCUUUGGAGGCCGUUAGGCCUUGUCCCGGGGAGUGCCUUAAAGGCCUUAUUAUCGUCUGGGACUCUCUGCUUGUCUAAAUUAGCCCUUCCUGUUCCUGUUGCUACAGGCAGCCCCUGUGGGAGUCUGGUGAUUCCCACAGACAGUGAGGCACGCAGUGCUGUUGUAAAUGAGAAGGUGCUGCAAAGCUACCCCAGAAAUACCUCCCCUCCUGCCCCUGCUCUGCCACACUGCCCAGGCCUUGGGACGGGAUGAAACGACUGGUGGUGUUCAUGGUGGGGAAGGUACAGGGUGUUACGCUGAUCCCUCUCCUGGUUCCCAGUGCAGCACUCCUGAGGAGUGGCAUUUUCCAAGCAGAGGCACAGCUGCCACUCUGAGGGAUGUGGGGGCUCUGUGUGGGCACUGCCCGGCCCCUCGUACUCGUCUCCACCAACCAUCAUCUCGGAGAACUGUCUCCACGCCACAGUGUGACCGAUCUGCUCUGGCUCGGACUGUCCCCUGGCAUUCUGGUGUCCGUAGCUAUGGCCGGGGAGCAGUGACCGCAGCCCGUGGGAGGGCGAGUAACAAACUUUUGUAUGGUGAAUUUACAACAACUUGACCAUCUUGUUCUUGAGUGAACUUUUUACUGUUUCAUUUGUUUGUGUAGAAUGUUCCUGAAGCUAUAUUAAUAUUUAGUGUUUAAUAUGAGGCUGGGCUCCACUCUCAGUGUUGUAUAUUUUGGAAUGGCGUUGUUUAAUGAAAAGACAGCGUUAAUAUUGUUCUGCUCUUCGGAGGGAAUGGGACAAAAACCGGACUGUCUUCUUUUCCUAAAUGAUGUGAACUUUUUGUUAUGAAGUCCUAGCAGGCGUCCAGCCCUUCAGUAAAAUGGU